UCAGUCUUCUUUAAUUAUGACGCCUUCUUUGCUAAACAAUUAGACAAGAAGAAAAAGGAUCAUACCUAUAGAGUAUUCAAGAAAGUGAUGAGAAAUGCUAGUAAUUUCCCAUAUGCUAGUGAACAUACUAAUAAUAAAAAAGAUAUAUCAGUAUGGUGUAGUAAUGAUUAUCUAGGUAUGAGUUGGCAUCCAAAAGUAACAGCUGCUGUAAGAGAUGCUGUAAAUAAACAUGGUGUUGGAGCUGGCGGUACCAGGAACAUUUCUGGUAAUUCACCUCUUCAUGAAGAAUUAGAAGAAACACUGGCAGAAAUACAUCAAAAAGAGGCUGGGCUAAUAUUUACUUCAUGUUAUGUAGCGAAUGACACAACAUUAUUUACAUUGGGAAAAACAUUGCCUGGAGUACAUUUUUUCUCUGAUUCCGGUAAUCAUGCCUCUAUGAUACAAGGAUUGAGGAACAGUGGAGCGCCAAAACAUAUUUUUCAACAUAAUGAUCCUGAUAGUUUGGAAUCUCUCCUGAAACGAGUGGAUAUGAAUAUCCCUAAAAUUGUGGCAUUUGAAACUGUUCACUCAAUGGAUGGUUCAAUUUGUCCAUUGACUGAACUAUGUGAUGUGGCUCAUAAAUAUGGUGCUCUAACAUUUGUGGAUGAAGUUCAUGCUGUAGGUCUAUAUGGUGAUAAGGGGGCUGGUAUUGGUGAAAGAGAUGGGGUACUGCCUAAAAUGGAUCUGAUAACAGGAACACUUGGUAAAGCAUUUGGUAAUAUGGGAGGUUAUUUAGUUGGUUCAGCCAAUACUGUGGAUAUGAUAAGAAGUUAUGGUUCUGGUUUCAUUUUCACUACCAGUUUACCUCCAACUGUUCUUAGUGGGGCUCUAGCAUCCAUCAAGGUGUUGGCUAGUAAUGAAGGGAGAGAACUCCGUGAGAAACAUCAAUAUAAUGUAAAGUAUGUACGUGAUAAGCUAACACUAGCUGGUAUUCCAGCAAUGCAUGCACCAAGUCACAUUAUUCCAAUACAUGUUGGUGAUGCUGAAAUGUCCACUAGACUAUCUAAUGAACUGAUAAAACAACACGGUAUCUACGUACAGGCUAUAAACUACCCUACAGUAGCUAGGGGUGAAGAGAGACUACGCCUAGCACCAACUCCUCAUCAUACCACUGAAAUGAUGGAUUAUUUUGUUGACAGCAUCCUCAACGUCUGGAAAACAUUUAAACUUGACCUUUACCAACCUAUUUGUCCUAAAAAAUGCGAAAAUUGUCGUAAAAAUUUGAAUUUUGAAAAUCUGUAUGCGUCAGAACCUAUUUGUGUUCGCUCUAAUUGUACAUACCAGUCCCUUCAAUCUCAGUUAGAAUAAAAUCAGUUGAUAGAUGACUCACGCUGGGGUUUUGUUAAUUGUUUAUGUAAAAUUUGACCAGUAUCAUAAAAUUUCAAAAUUAGUAUGAUAUGAAGUAUUGUAACUUCUGAUUAUUUUGUGUUAAAUUAAAACUUUUGAACAAAAUUU